CCCAAAUGAAGAUUUCUAUUUGGCGGUUUUAGUGUCACUUAGAUUCAAGUCAACAAGAUAGGGUGAAUCACAACUGACGGGAUGGAUGCGGCUACACUUACAUACGACACACUGCGAUUUGGGGAGUUUGAGGAUUUCCCAGAGACCUCUGACCCUGUCUGGAUCCUUGGCAAGCAGUCCAAUGCUCUGACGGAGAAGGAUGAGAUUCUGUCAGACAUUACUUCACGCUUGUGGUUCACCUACAGAAAGAAUUUCCAGGCUAUUGGAGGGACAGGGCCUACGUCAGACACAGGCUGGGGAUGCAUGCUGCGAUGUGGACAGAUGAUUCUUGCUGAAGCUUUACUUCGCAGACACUUGGGUCGUGAGUGGAGAUGGGUACGAGGUCAGCAGCCAAGGGAAGAAUAUACAAGCAUCCUCAAUGCUUUUAUAGACAAGAAGGACAGCUACUACUCUAUUCACCAGAUAGCUCAGAUGGGAGUGGGAGAGGGCAAAUCCAUAGGCCAGUGGUACGGCCCGAAUACAGUGGCACAGGUACUCAAGAAGCUAGCAGCGUUUGAUACGUGGAGCCGAUUGGCAGUUCAUGUGGCCAUGGACAACACUGUGAUAAUCGAGGAAAUCAAGAGGUUGUGUAUGCCGUGGUUGGACUUUGAGAGGGGAGCGUGCUUCGACCCUGUAGAGAUGAACGGGUAUAUGGAGGGGGCAUGUGCCAUGGCUUUGGAAGACACAGCUGUGUGGAAGCCCCUUGUGCUGCUCAUCCCUUUGCGUCUGGGCCUCAGUGACAUCAACGAGGCCUACAUCGAAACUCUCAAACAAUGCUUUAUGAUGCCUCAGUCUUUAGGGGUGAUUGGUGGGAAGCCAAACAGUGCCCAUUACUUUAUCGGGUUUGUUGGUGAAGAGCUUGUAUACCUGGACCCUCAUACAACUCAGCCGACUGUGGAGCCGUGUGAAAAUGGGGAGAUUCAGGACGACAGCUUUCACUGCCAACACCCGCCGUGUCGCAUGCACAUCUGUGAGCUCGACCCAUCCAUAGCUGUCGGCUUCUUCUGUCAAACAGAGGACGACUUCGAUGAUUGGUGUGCGCAAGUUCGAAAAUUAUCGAGCUGUAGAGGUGGUCUUCCCAUGUUCGAACUUGUAGACAGUCAGCCAUCACAUCUAAUCAGCACUGAAGCCAUUAAUCUCACUCCUGAUUUCUCAGACUCUGACCGUCUCGAGCGUUUCUUUGACUCUGAAGAUGAGGAGUUUGAGAUCUUGUCUUUAUAAGGAUGAGCCUGAGAGAAAAAGAGAUAGUGAUUGUUCAGUAUACAGAGAUCAGAUCAGUGCCACGCUCCUGAAGAGGUGGUGUACCACUGACAUGAGGCCUGCCUGGCAUUUGGUGGCGGAGUCACCUGUAUAAAACUCAGCUUCCUGCUACACUGACUACUCUACGUCAUUCUGAUUCCUGAAGUCAGAGAUCAUCACCGGCUUUGAGGAGUCUCUGUAUGUUCAUAUUAACACUAAACGUGUAUCCAUUUUGAGUCUUAACACUUUUUGUUAUAAAGUGACUGUGCCUUUUUAUGCGCCUACACUAAUGCAGAUUUGCCAUAGCUCACUUUCGGCAGUCAUCGGGAGCAUGGCUGCUCAAGCGAAUGCUCGUGACCUACACUGCUUUCAUGUCUGUAGCAAACUGUCAUUGAAAACUAAGAUGUAAAGGUUACAGACCAAAUAGGUUAGCUUGUGUAGAACAGUAUACUUAUCAAUGGUCAAAAGUAUCUGUACACAAGUCUAUUUAUUUACUUAAGUGUAAAGGAGUUUAAAAUGAAGAAUAAAACCAUAUUCACUGCCCACUUUAUUAACACCUAAAGUGUUUUUAUGCAUUCUGCUCCUGCCACAUGACUGGCUGAUUGGAUAACUGCAUGAGACUGCAGGCAUUCCUAAUAAAGAGGACAGUGAUUGUGCAUUAAA